AUAUCCGUCCUUGAUGCACAUGUGUCUCGCAAGGCUGCAGAAUCGUUUGCAGCAUUGAUAAUGUAAUUUUCGCUGUGUCUGGGUUCGACCAAAGCGUCGAUUUCUACCGGGAUCACCAUGCUAAAAAUGUUGCAUGGAGACACAUAUUGCCAAUAUGAUUGGAUUACCUGGUUAGUUGAAUGUGAAAGAAUUAGCUGGAAAGUGGAAGAUAGGUGCUGGCAAUUAGCUAAACGAUCUAGCAAAGUGGUUAGCUUUGUAGUUAGCUGGUUUGGCUGUUUUAUGAACGUCUGUUUGUAACAACGCACGAGUUGAAAAUACGGAAUUCUUGCGGUAUACAGAACGCACUGCAGCAUCACCAACCCAGCGUUGCGGACUGCUUCAUUAACAAUACGACUUCAGCCGGAACACAUAGUUUGCAAUUUCUGGACAUGAGGCUUUAUGAGAUUCUGCAAAUGUAACGAAACAGAGGAGGAUCUACCUAAAUGUGUCCAAUAUAAACGUUCCAACGCGUUUUCCGUUUGGAGUAAACGGUUGCUACAGACGAAACGAUUUGCAACAGAAUAGGCGUAAAUGAAUACACCCGAGGUCUCAUUCGACACUUCCGAUUUUGAACGAAAGGGGUGGCGGCAAAUAAUAACAACAAAGCGGGGUAUGCAACGGGCAGACUCCCUGGUGAAACGUUUCUGACAGCCAUUGCUAGAUAAGUCUAGUAAGACAACCAGAAACACUUUGUUAAAAAAGAAAGCUAGCUAGCCAGUUCUAACUUACACAAAUGCCAUUAUGGCAUCGAAGUCCGACCAACUUCUCAUCGUGGUGUCCAUUCUUGAAGGUCGUCAAUUCCCAAAGAGCCAGCGCCACAACCUUAUAGUACAUGCAAAGUUUGAUGGAGAGCAGUUGGCUACAGACCCUGUUGAUCACAAGGAGCAGCCUCAGUUCUGCACAGAGUUGGCCUGGGAACUUGAUCGCAGGACCUUGCACCAGCACAGACUCCAGCGCACACCCAUCAAACUACAGUGCUAUGCUGUUGAUACAACCACAUCUGUGAAAGAGUGUGUUGGAUAUAUUAUUCUUGAUUUAAGAUCUGUGCAAGAAAUCAAACAGGCUCCUAAAUGGUAUCCCUUACUAAGCAGCAAGUACACAAAGUUGAAGCCAGCCAUUCUGCUCACCAUUGCACUGGAGAAUGACACCAAACAAACAGAGUUGUCACUAGAACGAUUCAAGGCCAAAAAAGCACCACCAAGACAAGGUUCUCCUGUGUUGAGUAACCUUUUACCAGAGAAACUAGAGGCUGUUCUGAAAGAGGAUGAAGGAUAUCACCAGAUUGGACAUCAAGAUUAUUGCACUGACUUGUUUGUUUUGUCUGUUACUGUGGCCUUUGCUACCAAGCUUGAACAGUUGAUUCCCAGUACGAUGAAGCUGGUCGGUGAAGGGUCUGAGUUUUUCUUCUAUUAUACCCUGCUGGGUAACGACAUCACCAGUGAACCUUUCCAAAACCUGAUUAGCCCCAGCUUUGAGCCAGAGAGGGCCUCGGUCCGAAUCCGCAGCAGUGAUCCGGUUCUACUGGCCUUUCUCAGCCUGCAGCCCAGUCUUCAGGUCCACCUCUGCUGUGGGAACCACUCCCUUGGCAGCACAGAGGUCUCCUUGGCUGGCCUGGCUAAGAGCAGUGUGGACCUGGAGAAGCAGGUGGCCACAGUGGAGGGGGCCUUCAUUCUCCAGCCUCCUAACCGAGCCAAGCAAAGCUUGCCUCCUGUCCCCAUGGAUCUGCAGCCCACUGUGGGGGUGUCCAUCACACUCAGGAGAGAGGCUCUCACUACUCCGGUGGGAGCUAAUGCAGAGGGAGAUGGUCCUCUGAUUCCACUGAAGACCGGGACUGUGGAGCACGUCCUCCCUCCAUCUCCCCCUGCUGAAAAGUGGCCCCGAACUCCCUCACCUGGCAUAAAGUCCCCCAUUAAGUCUCCCACGUCCCUAGCGGAGUCCCCUCCCAACCCCCUCACAGAAAGCGAGGCUAACAGCCUGCAGGUAGAAGCUGACUUGCAGGCUCAACCUCUCCCAACUGGUUCGGUCCUUGCCCCGUGCCAGGUUGAGGACGAGCCUGAAGGAGGCCUGUCCUCGGUCAGCGUCUCUGCACCAAAGAUAGCCAUCCCCUCCUCGGCACAUCACUACUGUUUCUCCAUGGACCUGCGCAGUGUCCGCAACAUAAACCUGGGCUUCCCUGUCAGCUGCACACUCCGGUAUGCAUACCAGUUUUUCGGGAGUGCCGCCCCCAUCAUGACCAACCCCCCAGUGGAGGUGAAGAGGAACAUGGAGGUGUUCCUACCCCAGUCGUACUGUGCCUUUGAUUUUGCCGCUCUACCUCACCAAGUCCAGGACACCUUCCUCAGGGUGCCCCUAGUGGUGGAGGUGUGGAACAAAAAUACCAGCUCCAGAGACAUUCUCCUGGGCACGGCCAGCAUACAGCUGUCCCACCUCCUGACUGCAGAGAAGAGCCGCUUCCUGGGCCCCAUGGGCCAGCAGCACUGGAGGCAGACCUUCUCCGAGAGGAUCCCAGUCAUAAAGGCCCAAGGGAUUUCAGCGGCAGGGACUGGGCCCAGUGAAAAGGUGGCUGAGCUGUGCUACGUCACAACCCUGGAGAACCUUGGUUUAGUCAAAGUCCAAGAUAUCGUCAUGUCUGAGUCCUCCCAGAAUGGGUAUUCUGUGGCACAAAAGACGGUGCCAGCUCUGCGACCAGCUCCUCCCAGCAGUGCAGGCAGAGUCCCCACCGAGCCCCGCGAGACGCUGGAGUACAGGGCUGCCCUGGAGCUGGAGAUGUGGAAGGAGAUGCAGGAGGAUCUCUUUGAUGACCAGCUGAAGAAGAAAGAGCUGGGCCAUAUGCAGGCGUUGGCCGAGGAAUGGAAGAAGAGGGAUCGGGAGCGCGAGUCUCUGGUCAGAAAAAAGGAGGUAGAGUACAACAUCUUGGAGGAGCAGCUUCAGAAGAUUCUGGCUGACCUGGAGAAGAGAGAGAAGCAUCUAGGCCAUGCAGAAAUGGAGAUGCAGCGCUUGCAGAGAGAGAUGCGGGCUGAGCACGAGUUAAGCAUGUGCAAGCUGCAGGAGAGCGGCCGGCGGCUCCGCGAGGACUGCACUCACCAGGUGGAUCUGGAGAGGUCAAGGGUCAGACAGCUGGAGGAGGAGCGGGGCAGGCAGCAACAGCAGAUGCUGGAUGCAGAGAACAAAUACAAGCUGUUGGAGAAGGAAUACCAGCAGUUUCGGGAGCAGCAGAGCAUUCGCCCUGAGAUCAGACUACAGUCUGAGAUCAACCUGCUAAGUCUGGAGAAGGUGGAACUUGAAAGGACACUGGAAUCGACGACAAAGUCGAAACUUCAUUACAAGCAGCAGUGGGGGCGUGCUUUGAAAGAACUGGCCAGAUUCAAACAGAGAGAGCAGGAGAGCGCCAUGACACGGCUGAAGAAGCAGCAGCAGGAGCUGGAGACCAUGAGGCUGCGCUACCUGGCAGCCGAGGAGAAGGAAGCCGUCAAAAGCGAGAAACACGAGCUGGAGGACAUCAGGAAUGAGCUGAACAGGUUAAAACAACAGGAGGACAAGAAGCCAUGGGGCAGCAGCUCUGCCGGCCCCGCCGUGUCUCUCAACGAGAGCGCCGAUGAUCACCUCAGCCGGCUGUUGGAGGAGAGAGACACUCUGUUACGCACAGGCGUGUAUACACACGAAGACCGCAUCAUCAGCGAGCUCAACAGGCAAAUCCAAGAGGCCAUGGCACACAGGGUGGACCACUAGUCUAGCAUCUCAUGCUAAUGCAUGAUAGAAAACCAGCCAUCAGACUCAUCUAAAUGUGAAGUGUUGAUCAAUUCCUAAUUCCAAUUCCUAGUGUGCCAAAUGGUCCGAAUUGGACUAUCAGAUCACUUCAAGCUCCAGGGACAGUAAAAAGUUAGCACAAAGGCAGAACUUGAAGGAACAAGUGAGUGUCUGCCUUUGCAAGGGAUUGACUUUGUUUUGUGUAAGUGUUUUUGGUUAUUUUUCCAUUAUCAUUUUGGCUUUCUUUGUUACAUGUGUUUUUAUUACUACUACAUACUAAUGUUAUUAUUAGACUAUAUUAUUUGUUUUAUACUAUGGGCUAUGUCCACAUUUUAGAGAUGAUUGUGGAAAGGGAAAGGCCUAAAAUUAUUUUACCAAGCGUUACAUUCCCAAUGGAUAUGGUUUAAAUUAUUAGAACGAAAGAGGUCACUAGUGGUUGAAGGUUCGUUGGUGUUUAUACUGAAUAAGUUGUCUGUAUACACCAGGUGGCGCUGUAACAUCAGCAAAGCUACAUGUAAAUUUACCAGCUUAUUUUUAUUUUUUCAGAUCCAGAAUUAGUGUGAUAAUUAUUUGUUUGUCAUGACCAACAUGCAUAGACGAUUCUUGAAUGUAUAUUGAUUUGUGUGUAUUAAAUAAAUUAUUUUGGGAUUAUA